GUGAGUGAGAUGCUCUGCUGAAGGACCUCUCAGUCAAAAACCUGCUAUUAUCUGCGCUAUGAAUGGAGUAUCGACUAUUUAACUGAAUUACACCGUGUGAACAAACACUGACGGCAGUUUACACAUCGUGACUCCUUUACUUCAGAGACCUUCUGCCAGCAGCCAUGACAGAAUUCUGGUUGAUCUCUGCUCCGGGGGAGAAGACGUGCCAGCAGACCUGGGACAAGCUGAUGGUGGCCACCACGCGCACCAACAACCUGUCCAACAACAACAAGUUCAACAUCCCCGACCUUAAGGUUGGAACACUAGACGUCUUAGUGGGACUGUCGGAUGAGCUGGCUAAACUGGACACGUUUGUGGAAAGUGUGGUGAAGAAGGUUGCUCAGUACAUGGCUGACGUUCUGGAGGACAGCCGAGACAAAGUCCAGGAGAACCUGCUGGCCAAUGGAGUUGACCUGGUCACCUACAUCACCAGAUUUCAGUGGGACAUGGCUAAGUAUCCAAUCAAACAGUCACUGAAAAACAUUUCUGAGAUCAUCUCCAAGCAAGCGACUCAGAUAGACAAUGACCUGAAGGCCAGAGCUUCAGCUUACAACAACCUGAAGGGAAACCUGCAGAACCUGGAGAGGAAGAAUGCAGGGAGCUUGUUGACCAGGAGUCUGGCUGACAUAGUUAAGAAAGAGGACUUCGUUCUGGACUCAGAGUAUCUGGUUACCAUGCUGGCGGUCGUCCCAAAGACAAGCUAUACUGACUGGCAGAAGACGUAUGAAACUCUUUCAGACAUGGUCGUGCCACGCUCCACUAAGCUGCUGUUCGAAGACCAUGACAGCGGUCUGUUCAGUGUCACUCUCUUCAGGAAGGCUAUAGAUGACUUCAAACACAAGGCCAGAGAAAACAAGUUUACAGUGCGUGAUUUCCAGUACAAUGAGGAGGAAAUGAAGGCAGACAAAGAAGAGAUGACACGUUUGUCCACUGACAAGAAGAAACAGUUUGGGCCUUUGGUACGAUGGCUGAAAGUAAAUUUCAGUGAAGCCUUCAUCGCGUGGAUUCACAUAAAAGCUCUGCGUGUGUUUGUGGAGUCAGUGUUGAGAUAUGGGCUGCCGGUGAACUUCCAGGCCAUGCUGCUCCAACCCAACAAGAAAAACAUGAAGAAGCUGAGAGAGGUGCUAUCCGACUUGUACAAACAUCUGGACAGCAGUGCUGCGAUCAUUGAUCCCUCAAUGGACAUCCCAGGUCUGAAUUUGAGCCAGCAGGAGUACUACCCCUAUGUUUACUACAAGAUUGACUGCAACCUGCUGGACUUCAAAGUGUAGACACAUUGCCAGCAUCAUCUCUCACUCUCUGUGCAGUAGUGUUCUUGAUGUGACAUGUUCACAUACCCAAGCUUUAGUUUAUUUUCAUUCCUGCCAUGUUUUCCCUCUUUUUCUCAUCUUUUUUGUGUCCUCAUUCUCUAAUUCCCACCCAUGUUCCUGGUACAUUCCUGGGUCGAUACUGAAUGAGUUGCAAGAAUCUGAGUAAUGACUGAUGACUAAAAUGAUUGGAUCCAAUAACAGGAUAGAUUAAAGAUGUGAAAUAGUCUUCAGUUAUAACUUCUGUUCUCCUUUGUUGUCACUUUCUCUUUGUACCAUGCUGUAAAACCAUCCAAGUUUACCCCCAACACAACAUUUGACAUUCCUUCUCAGCACCCAAAGGACAUUUAAAAUACUACAUUUUUAUUGAUGUGUCCUCUUAUCCUACUUAAAGUAUCAACAACAGUACACGUGUGUGUGUGUGUGUGUGUGUGUGGGGGGG